AUGAUCAUCACCAUGCAUCAUCGCACCGACGAGUACGGUGGAGGUUACUCGGCAUAUGGCGUGUGGGACUCGUUUGUGACGCCAACCCGGAGGCAGGAGCACAGAGCUGUCGGGUGGGGCGGGCGGCAUUCGCCGUUUGCUGGCCUCGACCUGCGCCCGCAUCCGCGCUCGGAGGCCCCCUCUAGAGUCGUAGCAAGAGAUCGUGCAAGGUUCAGCCACUCGCGUGGCCGUAGCGAGCAUGUGGACGAUGAGCCGCGCUUCCCGUUUUCCCGCGGCUCACUGUUCGAGGCUGCGUCACAGGGGAGACUUGGCCCGCGCCCGGUCUCACCGGCGCACAACGACAAUGACCUGGACGACAUAACCAUUGGCUCGUCGCUCCCGUCGUCACCGUUUGCCCGCUCACCAAGAGAAGGAUCACCCCGGCGACAGGGUCGGCACGAGAGUGGCGCGAGCAGCAGCGGCGGCGACAACGACGACGAUGAGACCUCGGGCUGCGCCGCGUUGAUGCGGGCGCGGGCGCGGCCGGCAACAGUACAAGCCGGGUACGCGUCGCGGCGGGCACAGUGGCGCGAGCCGUCGGACUCACGGUCCGGCGGAGGAUCCGGGCGAUCGGAGGGCGGCUCCGAGAGCGACGGCAUUCCGUUGGUGUGGCGCCGGAGCGAGGGCGGCGACAUGGCGGUGGUGGCUCUGGACACUGAUGACGUCCGGGGAGGUGGGUCACGGCCGGGAUCGGCGGCGGCUACGCCGCGGCCUGGAACUUCGGCGGCGGCAGCCGGCGAUGGGACUAGCAGGGCGUCCACUGCGGCGGAGGCGGGAUCGGCGCGAGCCUCGCCGAGCUCCGGCGGGCUCCGACGCAUGGCGUCGCACCGUUCGAUUGUACUCGGCGCGUCGUGGCGGCGAGUGGUCGACCAGGCAUUGGCGAUGGCGGCCGAGUCGGACGACGCCUCGGGCGUUCUUGUCCCGCUCGUCACCGGGUGGCGGGGACGGAUGGACAAGGGCGUCACUUCGCUUGUUCUCUCGCCGGUCUUUGUUGCUGCGCUCACGCUUGCGCUCCUCUUAUCAGUUGUCGUCGAUGACAUACUGAUGGCAGCGGCGCUGCCGUUGUCGCCGCACCAGGCCGCCUUGGGGGUCCUUGCUGGACUGGUUCAUCUGGUGGCGGCUGGCCUGCUUGCCGGACAGAUUUUGGUCUCGGCACGGGUCGGAAAGGCGCGGUACUUGCGAUCGGUGGUGUUUGCGACCGAACUGGCAUCGCUGGUCUCGUUUGUCUUUCCCAUCAUCUCACUCGGUGCUGGACAGCCGGCCGAAUGGCUCCUGUUUGGCCGGCUAGAGCCAAACGCGCGAAUGGCGGCGUGGCAGGCAUGCCACGGCGUUGUGAUUGCGACGCGGUGCCUCGGGUUUGGGCGGGCGAUGGUGUGGGUGGGCAUGGCAGCGGCGACGCGGUUCCGCGGCUCUGUGCACGGCGUUGCUCGGUUUGCGCAUGUGUCCGUGUACGGAGUGCUCGGCGCGGCAGUGGCGACAUGGGUGUGUGUGGCCGUGCUCGUGGCGGCACCUCCGCUCGCACCGCACCUGCACGCGGCGAUGUACUCGGUGGAGGCAGCGACGAAUGCGACGACGCUGCACCCAUUGACGCCGCCGGCGUGGGUGGCGCCGUUUGUGGCCGCGUACGGCGGCGGAAGCGGGGAUCCGGAGCUUGUUGCGCUGAAGGUGCUGGGCCAGCGAAUGCGGAUUGCGAGCAGCGGCGCGACGACCAAGUUCCAGCCGAUGUAUGUGGUGCACGCGAUGACGGCGUCAGGAACGCAUGCGGUGCUGGAUGUGUCGGCACACGCGGCGACUGUCGGCGGGCUGGCUCUGGUCCGGACGCUCUGCCUCGUGGCGGUCCUGUUUGCCAGCGCAGUGGGCGUGAGCACAGCAGUGACGCACCAGCUCGGGCUGUGGAUUGCGCGGACACUUGUGCUUGUAGGCUCGCUCUGCGACUCGGUCUCGUCCGAAAGCGGGCGACAUGUUGGUGUCGGCGAUGGCGGUGGCGAUGCGAGCGCGAGAGAGGCAAAGAAUGGCGGGCACGCUGUGAGCUUUGCGCAGCAGAUGGAUGUGUCGCUGGCGAGCCUUGCGCCAGAGCCGGUGAACCGAAGCGGCUCCGAGGCGGUGAUGCGGACGCGUUAUCUGGAACUCCGCGUGGCUCAGCUGGAACGCAACGUGCUCGAGGCGCUUCCAGAGAUUGAGGUGGAGGUGUCACAGAUGAGCACGUCGUCGUCGUCGUCGUACGACUCGUACUCGUCCGAGUACGGGGCGCGGUGGGCUGCGGCGCUCGGGCGGCGCUCGUCGUCGUGCUCUGUGGCCGGCUGGGAGGAGCUCUCGCGCGGAACGUCGUCAGACUCGAGUGCGACCAUCUCAUCGCUCGGGCUUACGCCGUCGUGGUCGACAACAGCGUCGUCGGACUCUGAGCAGGCUAUCUACCGCGAGCAAGUGCGCGGGAUGCGUGCGCGGAAGAAGAAGCAGCUUGCACGGCAGGCCCUGGCGCGAAAGAGGAAGCGGCGGCGGCGGCGUGCAGCAGCGCGGGUGCGGCGGAUCCAGGAGCACGCAGUGCUCGGCGGCGGAUCGUACGAGGCGGUCCACAUCGAGUUUGACGCUGUGGAGCGGUUGUUCCGCACGCGGAUCGACGGGCGGUUUGGGUACGAAGGUGGAAUCCUUGUGGCUGCGCCUGUGUACGGGCUGCUUGAGAAGCUUAUGCACCCGCCGUCGUGGGAGGCGCGGUUCCAAACAAUGAUUGUGGUGACGCAUGUGAUGUUCAUGUCGUCGCGCGACCUGCUGGAGGCGCUGGUGCUCCGGUUCUGCGCGCCGCACCCCAAGGCGCUUGUGCGGCGGGUGGAGGGCCGGAGCGAGACUACAACAAGCUGGAGCGCGGACGACGAGCGUGAGUUUGAAGUGCAGGUGGCACGGCCUGUCCGCGAGCUCAUCGUGUCUGUGGUGGCCGAAUGGGCUGCGCGGCGGCCGGGCGACUUUGGGCAAGCGUCGGUGACGCGGCGGAUGCUCGACGAGUUUGUAGGCCGGCUCUGUCCGGCGGUCGGCCUCUCGUCGGGGAGCAAGACGGUGCUGGAGGCACUGGGUAAGGCGGCGAGCAUUGCGCAUGCGCGGCCGUCGCCCGGCAGCGCGCCUGUACCGCGACUUGUGGGCGGGCCGAUGUCACUGGUGACGGUGGACGCAACCGAGGUUGCACGGCAGCUGACGCUUGUCGAGUCGCACUUGUACCGGAGAGUGACAGCGGAGCAGCUUGUGGGGUUGGGGUGGACCAAAGCGGACAAGGACCGGCGGUCGCCGGACGUCAUGCGCGUGUUUGACCACUUCAAUCGGGUAGGCGCGUGGGUGCAGGCAUCGAUCCUGGAGCCUGUACGGGCGUCGGGCCGGGCGGAGCGUGUGGAGAAGUUUAUCGCCAUUGCGCGCGAGCUGCGCGAGCUGAACAACCUCAACGGUGUGCUUGAGAUUUACGGCGGGCUUACGUCGCACGCGGUGAAGCGGCUGAGCCACACGUGGAAGAAGGUCUCUCCGGAGGCACUGGCCGAGCUGGAGUCGAUGCGCGAGCUCGGUUCUGCCAAGGCAUCGCACAAGGCUUACCGCGAGGCGCUGGCACGCUGCGGAGGACAGGCGUGCGUCCCAUUCCUGGGCGUCUUUCUUCGCGAUCUUGUACUUGUGCACGAGGGCAACGAGACGAUGGUGGACGGCAACGCCGAGUCCGGAGGGAUGGUGCAGGUCAAUGUGCGCAAGUGCGCGAUGACGUCCGAGACUGUUCUCUCGAUUCUAGGAUGGCAGGAGUAUCUGUAUCCGUUUGUGGCGGUGCCCGAAGUGCGGCGGCUGUGGGAGGACUCGACGCUGAUGACCGAGGACGAGCUGUUCGCGUUGUCGCUCUGUGUCGAGCCGCGGUUGUCUUGACGACAGCGAAUUUAAGGUUAAACUAGCCGGUGAUACCCUU